AAGUGUUCCACAGAUCGACAGAUAGGUAGACAUACCGUGUUUGAGAAAUUAUGAUAUAAUUGCAUAGACUUUAUAUAUCCCACAAUGGGUAAAGUGUGUGGUUACAGUGCAGAUUCAAAAAGUCCACCAAACAUAAGCCUGGGUCAAUGCAGUGUGGGAUGCAGAGUUUACAGAGAUGAAGUUGAUGGAAGAUAACAUAGAAGAGGGGCUGGUAGCUUGUGGAGACCAAGCUUUCAGAAGUCUGUACACGUGUCUAAUGGCUUAUGCAUCUCAACAACAGACUUCAAGCAGAGAUGAUGGUUCACUGGUAAAUAGUAUCUGGACAGAGCUGAGUGAGAAUGGAGUCUCAAUGAAGUCUCUGAUGGCAGUGCUGUCUUUCUUUGUCUUGAGAGGAAAAAACAAAUCAGCUACUGUUCGACAGAGGGUAGGCUGCCUGCACGCUGCGUCCCUCUACCUGUUACUGCUUGGAAUCCCAGGAAGCAUUUCCAACCAAGUUUUUCAUGAAAUUUUGCUGGACACUUGCUUGAAUACAUCAUCUCAAUGCUGGCCUCAGGACUAUGGCAAGAAACGCAAGAAGGACACUCUCAAGUGUUCUCAGGCAGAGGGCAAGCGCUCCAAACCACAGCGGAAGGAAACUCUUGAGCUUCAUAUGGAUGUGGAUGAAGAAGAAGAAGAGGAGGAAGAAGAGCUUCAUUUCUCCUGCCAAGAUCUGAGCAAGAUCAGAGAAGCACUGGUUCUUCUGCUUCAAAGUCUUCUAAGACUUCUGCAGACAUUUGCACUUAAAGACAAACCACAAAGUUCCAGCAGUUGCACCCAGAUUUUUAGCAAGCUGCUUUACUUUGAGCCAGUCAUUAGCGAGCUAAGUUUUGAUGCUGGGAAAGAUGUCACAAAACUGCAGAGCAUCCCAGAGAUGGCUUUUUAUGGCUUGCAGCUGCUUUGCACACCAAAACACGGAGACCAGAGAGAAUCCUUGCGGAAGGUUUUCCACCAGCUCCUUUACGUGAUCUUGAUGAUGAAUAAAGGGGACAGAAGAACGCCAACCUUGCUUGUGCCUAGUCAAGCAAUUCUCACGACACGUAAUCAAGCCAUCCGAUUUGUGUGUCAUAUUGUGGAAGAGCUGAAGGACCUGGCACUUCCUUUUGUACAAAUCCUCCUGCAGCACAUCUGUUACCAGAUGGUGGAGAAAAGUGAGUUUCGAAGCCAUGGAGCCCAGGCUGUUGGUAUGCUAACAUCGCCGUUGUCAAAUGCAGACUAUGCCUGCUUUAUCAAGUGGUUGUAUAAGUUCUCAAGACACUCAAAGAUGGCGUCUCGCCUGUUCUCUGUGGAUGUGGGGAUGGUUCUCCUGGGGCAGCCAGAGAGGGAUAAUGAGGAUUGUAUUGAUCCAGAGCUUGCCUGCUACCUGCCUCACAAGUUUCUGAUCCAGAGCCUGUUGUUUGCUCGGCGUUAUGACCAAUCGCCCACUGUCCAAGGCCACGCCCUAACAUGCUUGGCCCAGUGUUUGGAGUUGCCUUCACUCAACGCCACCCGUGCUGUCCAAAGCCUCUUCUGUGCCACUGUGACACAGUCAGUGCUGGAAGGGGAAACUACAGUAGGCAGUCUCCAGCAGCCUCAAAGUACCUACCGCUCUUUGCCCUUUAGGACUGUGGAGAUCAGCAACAGCGAUACCAUGGUCUGUGAUGCAAAAGAGAACCUGUCUCUUCUUUUGCGACGUGUUCAAAACUCUAAGACAAACGUGAGGAAAUCGGCCCUACAGGCCCUGGUGGGUCUUCUUAAACAUGAUGUGAUCCCUUUAAGUUGGGAAAACCUGUCGGUGCUGUCGGAGCGCUGCAGAGACCCAGCUGUAUCUGUGAAGAAGAAAGCAUUGCUCUGUGUGGGAGAGUUGCUCAAUGCUAAACCCGAUUGCAGUACUGUGCAGAAGGCAUGGCUGGAGGGUGUGGUUGCAGCCGUGGUGGACCCUGAGAGCUCAGUCCAAGAGAAGGCCCUGGAGGCUCUCGACCAGGUCUUGCUCAGCCAGAUCAAAGUAUACUCUGCCAGCCGCCACCUGGAUAGCAGUCAGAGGCUCACCUGGAAUCUGCUCAAUCUGCUCUGUGAUGAGUGUCAGAACCUCAGCCAGUACUUCAGCCGGGCCUUCAGCAUCUGGUCCAAACAAAACAAGUUCACUACCACAUUCAUAACUAACCUGAUCUCACACACGGAGGCUGAUCAUGGUGCCGGAGCCUGGCUGCUGCUUUCUAAGGUUGUGGCUGCUUCACCCAAAAUCCCCUAUGGAGUUAUCCUGGAUGCCUGGGACAGCAUGGUCAGUUCAAAAGACGUGAGUGCUAGAACUUGUCACAUUCUGUGUGUGAUCGGGGAGAUUUCUGCUCACUUAAAUGAAGAUGCCAAGGAAAGGAUAGUUGAUGAUCUUAUGUCUUGGUUGAAGACCUUUACAAUGUCUCCUGAGGUGAUCAGUGCUGCUAUCGAGACUCUUCAUCAACUUGGCAGCAGUGAAGAUGUCAAGCAAACCCAGGCUUUCCUCGAUCAUCGCUGUGGUGAGCUUGUGUCACUUUGUGAGGUUUAUCUCGCCAGCAUCAUACUGAAUGAAAGUGGAGCACAGAACAUCAAUGAGGAGCUAAUGGUAAGAUAUCUCCACACCCUGGGAGUUGCGUCUCUAAACUGUCCUGCCAGAGUGUCCAAAAGGGUGGUUUUGCUGGUCGAAUCUGUUGUCACCACACAUUCUGACAAGCUUCCAGACCUGGAUGAGCUGCCUAAUUCAGUACCUCUGUCUCAAUUCAAAGCAAACUCUCUGCCUACCAGAGUCCGAGCACAUGGCGUCAUCACUUUGGGUAAGCUGUGUCUGCAGCAUGAGGACCUGGUACAGAAGUACCUUCCCGUGUGGGCCAGGGAGCUGGAGGUCGGUACAGAAGUGGCUUUACGCAACAACGUGGUGGUGAUCAUGUGUGAUCUAUGUGUUCGAUACACAAACAAAGUCGAUCAUUAUAUACCCAACAUCUCUGCCUGCCUACGAGACAAUGACCCAAUCAUCAGGGAGCAGACUCUCAUCAUGUUGACCAACCUCCUCCAGGAGCAGUUUGUGAAAUGGAAAGGUUCUCUUUUCUUCCGCUUCAUGGUGAUGCUUGUUGAUCCUGUGCCAGCUAACGCCAGUCUGUGUGAAUACUGUUUGCUUCACAUACUGCUGAAGAAGAACACAGAAAUGUUUAGUCAGCAUUUCAUUGAGUGCAUUUUCCACUUCAACUCCUACAGUGGACACACAUCCUACAACAAGUUCCCUCAGACUAAGAGUGAUAAAGUCCGGUUCUCCCUAAAAGGGCCUCAACACCGUGAGAAACGCUUUCGGAUUUACCGGUUUUUGCUGGAGCACUUUACUGAUGCUCAGCGCUUCAACAUCACCAACAAGAUCAACCAAAAUGUAUUAGCCCUUUUCGCAGAUGAAGAGCUGCGUCUUGAUGCAGAGGGUGCAGACAUUUUAUCAGAGACCUUCAACAUACUGACUCUAAAGGAGAUGAAGUUGCAAGUCAUGUCUGCUCCCCAUGGAGGUGUGGCAGUUGAGGAAGCCGAAGAGGAGAAUGCGGCCGCUAUGGCCAAAGUAGUCAUCCAGGCAGCUCAAAAUAAGGUGGUGUCUCAGGUCAGGAAGAAGGCUUUUAUAGAGAACACAGUUCCUCUUAUUAUCAGCCUGAAGCACUUACUGGAGAGACAACGCUCUUCUGUCCUCAAAGAUCUCAUGGUCUACCUCCAGGUCACAAUGCAGGACUACCGUAAUGAAGUCAAAGAAUUUUUCGCUGGAGAUGAGCAACUAGCAGCAGAAGUGGAGUUUGCUCUGAAGGAAGCUGAGAAGCAGAGAGAAAUGGAAAAGCAGAUGGACAACUGCAGCCUUAUGGAAGACCCUCAAAUGCCUACUGCUCAGGCUUCGCUCCGAAACUCUCCUAUCAAGCCCAGGCUUUUCCUUCCUCUCAACUUUGCCACACCGCAGCCAUCACGUCCAAGUCCUGUGAAUGCUCGACUGACACUGACUGAGAAGCAUGUGCAUUUCCGUGGAAGAUGCAGACCUGAAGAAGAUUUAGAGUCCAUGGUUCUGGAAAAAACAUUGAUGCAUGCAGGUGCUGCCAAGAACAGAGCCAUCAGCACACCCAGAGAUUUUGGAAUCAACGUAACGUUUGAGGGUGGAUUCAGCGCCAUUUACAGUGAAACAAGUCAUGAUGAAGAGAACGGUGUUCUUCAUGUCCAGUCGGAACAAACUUCUCCUGGACCGAGGCAGUGGAACGUGCAGUCCCCGCUCCGUCAGAAAAAGAAAGCCAUUUCUUAGUUCAACUCUUUGCAUGUUAAAUUUUUUUUUUUUAAUUAUUUUUUUUUUGUCCAGCACACUUUUUCCUUUCUUUUUUGUAUUUGGUAAAUCGCAUUUACAAAUAACAUAUUCAUACUUUGCAUGUUAUUUUUUUUAAACGUCAUGAGAAUAGUUUUGCUUAUUUGGAAAAUGCUUAUUAAAUUCAUUAACAUUCAAAAACAAGUUUACACUUGCACAAUUCAACAUGUUAUGUGUAAAAAAAUGAUGGUGUAGAAUAGUAAUAUAUUUAAGACAAAAGUCAAAUUCAAGUCAAGUCAAACAG